AAGAACAAGAAAACGUCAUCAGUAAGGGCCGCAAAUGGCAAAACAGAUUGCGUCACUAGCCCGCAACAAAUGAGUCCUCCAUCGCCGCGUAGUAGAAGCAUGGAAGUGUGCGCCCGUACAAACGUUACUCUGAGAGAGUUUGGGUGUGAACAGACCUUACUGUCUCGACCUGAUGGUUCAGCGUCCUUCGUACAAGGGGACACGAGUGUGAUGGCCGCAGUGUACGGGCCAGCUGAGGUCAAAGUCAGUAAGGAGAUCUAUGACCGGGCAACCCUGGAGGUAUUGAUCCAGCCCAAAGUGGGAUUGCCCAGUGUAAGGGAGCGAUCCCAGGAGCAGUGUGUGCGAGAAACCUGCGAGGCGUCUCUGCUGUUGACCCUCCACCCUCGCUCCUCCCUCACCCUCAUUCUCCAGCUGAUCCACGACGACGGCUCUCGCCUGUCCUGCUUCCUGAACGCCGCCUGUAUGGCCCUCAUGGACGCAGGCCUGCCCAUGAACUGCCUGUUCUGCGGGGUGACCUGUGCCAUCAACGCAGACUCUGAGAUCAUCACGGACCCCACUGCAGCUCAGGAAAAGGAAAGUCGAGCUUUGAUGACUUUUGCGAUUGACAGCAAGGAACAAAGAGUGAUGAUGUCAUACACCACGGGAUCAUUUUCAGUUCAUGAGCUGCAGCAGUGUAUAGCAGUCAGCCAGAAAGCAUCAGAGAACAUCUUCCAGUUCUACAGAGACUCCGUUAGGAGGCGGUACUCCAAAAACCUCUGAUGAAGCAGCAGCUCCUUUUUUUUCCCUGAUAGUUUUUUUUUCUCCAUUUUUUAAAUAAAUACAAAUACUGAUGUUAUUAAAUAAAAAUAUUCUUCAUUUUG